AUUGGCAUUAUUGCCUAUUUCGUAAUUUGGUCUGCUUGGCUGUAAGCCUGUAACAAAUGCAUUUCUGUUUAUACUGGAAAAUUUAUACGAGUAUCAAAUUUUUCAUAUUUCUGGGAUACGUAACAAAAGCUUAGCAAUGUCUAAUCGCGUCUUCCGUCCUUCACGAGGCAGAUCAGCUCAGGAUAGAGAUCAUUAUCACCAGCGUCAAGUUCAACAUCGGAACGCUGGCACGUUUCCUGAGUUUCCUCCCAAUCCCUUCGAUCCUGUUUGCGGGUUUCCUUUGCCAAACGAUACUAUGCCUGUGAAUUCCCAGUCAAGUUUUUCGCACGCUCCGUCAAACAGUUCUGCCCGAUACAGCAAUCCCUUAUUGUGGAAUGUUCCACGAGGUCCUCCUGUGCAGCCUCUUGGAUCAAGAUAUCCUUUGUUAGACACUCCGAAAUUUCCUCCACCAGAGGAACCUAUGGGUGUUCCACCUUAUUCAAAUGUGGGUUCCACACGGAUGCCAGUGCACGACAGCUCCGCGUAUUUGACAGGAUCACGAGCUUCCAGCUAUUACAGAUCGUUUAACAGAAAGAAGCCUCAACGACAAAGAGGACGAACUCGUCCAUUCAGUCCACGGGUUACCAACAUAUUGGCUCGGAAAAACUUCGGUGGUAACCGUGGUGCUCCAUAUUGCCCCCCUUUCCGUACCGAUGCAGAGCGUAUGCCGGGACAUUGUGAUUCCCGAGGAUUCAACACGGAUCUGAGAGGCAGUUUAGAGCAUCGAGCACGGAUUGUGAAUGUUGCUGAACCAAGGAACGGUGUACCUGUAAUGUCGAAGGACGAAACUCUGAAGCUGGUGGAUGCGUCAAGUGAGAUCUUGUCCAAAGUUGACGUCCCUGCGCUGCUGGAUUCCAUUAAACGUCUUGAUGUAUUGGCAUCAUCAGUGGAAGAAACACCCGUGUUUCCGUCAGCUGAAAAUGAGACUGCGGUACCGUGUUAUGUGCCUAAGAGCCCGUCGCCAGCUCCGUCCCCACUAGAUCCUGAUCACGGGGUUGUCAUGAACGUGCUGUUUACGUUACCGCAGCCUUUGGACGUGGGUUGUAGUGUCCAUACAGAAGGAGUCGCUGAUUAUCCAACGGGACUUAAUCAAAGGAACGGCGCUCAAAAUGCGUCUGCUUGUGCAACACCGAUGGAAUUAGUUAUCAGUACUGACGUCCCGACAAAUCCAGAGCCACUUCCGAGAGUUGCACUCAGCGAUACAGAACCGGCGCAUAAUAUUUCGUUAAUGCAAACGCCUUACGACUUUGCGAACGGUCUGGAUCCCACCAGUGUAGGCAUUACUCAUGGAUGUUCGCCGAGUAAUAAUGAUACCGUUCAUUCGAGUCAUGGACUACUUGGUUAUCGCUCGAUGCCGCAUAUGGAUAUUCGCCAAAGCAGACUGGAAGACUUCGAUGACUAUGAAUGCAUGGAAAACCCUCGAAUUGAUUUCAGCAGUUUUGGUGAUCGAACUUCUGAUCGAAAGCCGGUUUUCUGCGAUACUCGGGAUAUUGUCAAGAUUCACCGCUUGGCGGAUGGUCGACGAAAAAGCUCAAAGCCCAACUCCAGAUACAGUGAUUGGGAACCCUGCUCGGAUGAGGAGAAAAGCCACGAUAAGAGGGAUCGGAAGAGAAAGAAUCACGGGAAAAGUGACCGUCGAAAAAAAAGUGCUGCCACGAAAAUAUCUAAAUCGUCCUCCAAGAACAGCCAGGCUACACGAACGAUUCGAAGCUCUGGAAAACUGGAAAGAAAAUCCUCCAAACAUUCUCGGGAAUCUGGUGCCAUAAAAAAGAAAAAAUUGAAAUCUAUUGUCGUGAAACCGGAUGUCCAUUGGAUGGAACUGCAUUGUUCUUCCGAUGAAUCGGACACAAAUUUUCCGAAAGUAGCUUCCGUUCUGAGGGACAUUGGUCUUGAUGAAAAGCUUAACGACGGAACGCUAACCUCAUCUGCAGUGGACGUUGGCGUUGUAAAAUUUGAAUCCGAAGUUGAUCCUGAUUUCUUCUCGGAGCGUCUAAUCCGUUUUGGUACAUUUGAAACAUGCUCUACCACAAAAAUUGUGGACUCAGCGAGGCUGGAUUUUGACCUGUUUGACCCGGAUCUUCUUAAUCUUGACUGCGACCUGCUAGAGGAUCCUGGUGAUGACCUAGUGGGGAGAACUGAAGACGAUCUACGAGCACUCUUAGUGGCUUCGUUGAAUGAAAGCGGUGGUGACGAUGAAUCCAACAAAGCUUCGGUCAAUGAGAAGAAAGUUUUGUGUGUGGGACAAGACGGCAAGAUGGCUUGGUCGGAUAAUUCGGUAUCUUUCAACUUCGCGUCAUUACUGCCUUCUACAGCUGAUAAUAAGGAUAUACCGAAACCCGAAAUUACCAUGUCGCCAAAGAAGAAUGGAGCUGAUAACAAGAAAAAACGGAUAGUAAAACUGGAAGUGGGACCAAAGGAACCGGGAUCGAGUAGUUCGCGCACUUCGUCUACCGAUCGCUCGCAGGCAUCCACUUCAUCCUUUUUCAGUCGCCUGAUUUGCAAUUCUGUCGAUGCAGUCACCCCAGAAGUAUUGCUGGGUGCGAACUUUGCAUCCGAUUCCGCUAACUUAUUUCCAGAACCAUCAUCAGAAAAGAAGCGGUUUCGAACGGCCAAAUUCGAGACAUUGCCGAUGUUAUCGGUAGCGAAUGCGAAUGUGGUCAAAACAAAGACUGCGCCCGAUAACGCAGUGGCUCAUCCUAUACCAGUAAUUGGCACGGUGAAUACCACGCUACCUUCGGGAGCAACAAAAAAGACCAAGAAAAAGAAAAGCAAAAGAAAAUCCUCUGUAAAACUGCUAGACAAUCCGAAGAAGAUCAAACUACCAGCGCCACAAAAUGUUUCGAGACUGGAGAACGUUGCGGCUUCCCAGAAAGAGAAUUUAGAAUAUCGUCGUUCUCUAAAUCCUGCCAUACUAUGUGCCAGAAUUCAGACGCUGGAAACUGAAGUAGAAGAAGCUUAUUGGGAAGACAUUGAAGUCAACGAUAGGAUUUACAACUUGGAAAAAUCCUUGCGCGCGGCCGUCGCGCAGAGAAGUAGAAUUUCCAUUCAUCUUCAUGAUUUGCGGAUGAAGGCGGAUGAAAUUCUUCAAGAAGGCGCCGAUGUCCCUGUGAUCAACAGCGAGGACACUGAAGCCACAUUGCCGAUUGAACCAGUUGAUGAUCCGUUUGUUCGACUGAGCAAGAAGCCCACUUCCCCAACAUUGACUGCAGCCGAAAACUCAGAGAUCCCGGAAGACUUCGAUGAAUUAAUCUGUCCUAAUUAUAUCAGGAUGCCACCUUGGAACGCUUCUGUUGUGGAGAGACCACUGAGCUUGGAUGAUGAUCCUCUUUUAAGAGCGCUUCGUAAUUUGAAGACCAGACUGAGCAAUACGGGUUUGGAAAUGAGAGGUAGCGAUCAGGAAACGAGCAUUCUGGACGAUUUAACAGACGCUGAGACUCAGCUUGAAGUAAUGGAAAGUGUAGAUUCAGUUGGUUAUAGCGAGAUCAGUAGACAGACUUUUGUUUACAUAUCAGAAACGCUUCGAAAUCUGGGAUUGUACAGAUUUCAAAAGGGCUUUGCUGGUAUUGGCAAGAGAAAUCCAUUUACGGAAGCGUUCAUAGUGGAAAUCGACCCCCAUAUCGCAUACUGUUUUUGUGGAAAGGAGAGCAGCUGCAUAAAAUUUCAUAUUCCGCUAAUCUCCGUGGAAGGUAGACGGGAAAAAAUCCAACAGGAAUUAACGAAGUUGAUUUUCGAUGUUUGCGAUACUGCUGAUGAUCUUUUGCAUUGGAAGGCUGCAAUCGACGACCUGGAAAAUGAAAUUCAAGACGAUGAGCUUUACGAAUUAGAGGCCGCGAAAUUGUGGGAAAUUUUCGUAGAAAAACUUCCGGUAACACAUUUGAAAUGCAGUGACAGUACUAGUGUUUAUUUGUAGCAGUGUCGUGGAGGAUAAAUACCACUGCAAGUAGUCUUUAUUAGUAAAUUUUUUGAAUGAAUGUGAUGAAUUUUUCUUAUUGUUUAGGUCCAGUGAUCGUUUGUUUCCGGAAGGAUAGGGCUGCUGAUUCUUUUGUCGUAGGUGUUCUAAGGUGGAAUCUCAUGUGCGAUGGUGAUGGUGGUCUUGAUGGGGUCGAGGUUUUCUUUGUUAGGGUUUAGGGCUUUUGGCUUCCUUGCACUAUCGACCAUGCGUGGUCAGGGUUAUCUUUCGUCCAGCGUAUUCCUAUUUCUGCGUGUCUUCCGGUUGCGAUCUGUUUUUAUUGGGGACUUCUAUCUGAUACAAUUUCCUGUUCCAUCCGAAAUUCCAUACUGGUUUUGUUGUUCAUGGAUUCGUCGUGGGAUUUCGUAGGAGGGCGAGGAUCUGAAUCUGCGACCUUUGUACUAUGCUCAUAUGACCUUUAAUUUGCUCACAAUCCCAUUGCAACUGGAUUCUCCGUCCGUUUUAAUGAUUAAUUUGACCGAAUGAAUCUUGCGAUUGCCAGAAAUAUAUAACGAAUUUAAGGCCGAAUAAUCAUAAUGGUUUAUUUUUGUACCAUGUUGGUUUACAGUACAUAUAAAAGGCACUAAUAAUUUUGAUUAGAGGGAAAGUGCGGGAAAAUGUUGUGAAUGCCGCGUUGCGCGAAUUGUCUACAACGUGGGUGAAAUGUUUGCACACCGAAUUCUGACUUCGUUAUUAAAAUCACCUGU